AUGGUGGGCGGAAGGGAGAAGAAGCAAGCCUCUUGGAGGAUGAGGGGGAGGGGAGGGGCGGACCGUCUCCGCAUUAUGCAGAUAAUAAAACGGGACAAGCAAUACAUCAAGCCCACACACCCCACAGAGAAGCCGAACUCUGGCAAACCGGUACUAGUGACCCUGAAAGUAAGCUGUCACAUCAUCCUCGCAACGCUGGAGAGGGAAUCUCAGGGUGGUAAGAAAGUCGAGGGAGGGUCUCUCAUGCCAAGGGAGGAAAACAGUUCUUUUUCGAUAAAACCUGCAGAAGCAAUGCCUACUCGCUGCGUGGCAGCUAUGCCCCACCGGUCGUCCGACGAUAAGAUCUGGUAUUGGUGGCAGGAACCAACGCCGCAAAACAUGCAAGAGAUGAUGAGAUAA